AUGUUGUUGUCAUUGUCAUCACUGUCUGCCAAUCAGGACAAUCGUCAACAACAACAACACUAUCACCGUUUGUAUCGGCGAUUGUCAUUAUUUGAAAUUAAUUGUAAACAAACCGGUGAUGAUAUGACCAAAUGUUUUCGUCAUCGAUGGCGAAUACGCGAUAUAUUGCCAUCAAUUGAUGACACCUAUUUCAAUCAACAACAACAACGUUGGUGUUGUUAUCUAUUGGAGAUCAAGUGUGCGGCCAAUAAUUGGCUAACCCUUUGUACAAACACUACAAGAGGUAGUAAAGAGUUAGAAAGUCUACUGAAAAACUGUACCGACAAUGGAUUUGCACCCAAUGUCGACAAUUGUUUGCCACUGAUGCCCAAUAUGACCAUCGAUGGUGUCUGCAAUGGCUAUGGACACUGUUUUGAUUAUCGUUUUGCCGUAGAUAGUUAUGGCCUCCGAUCCCGAUCUCCAGCACUUUAUCAUCCAUUGAUUACAUCCUUUAUCAUCGCCGGUGCAGUCAUUACAGUGUUUUUUUGUGAUGUUGUCUGAAUGACUGUCAGACACUGACUAUAAAAUA